AUGUCGCACGUUGACCAUCAGUCUCCCCGGUCAAAGAGAAGAAAGAUCGAUCAUGGAGAUGAGACGGAAAAUGUUGCGCCGAUAACUUCUCAUACGCAGCUUCGUUCCCUCCUGGCUUUUCAACAGAACGUUGCUGAAUCCAAGCAUGGCAUCAGACAAUUCAAGGACUUUCUCACAUCCAUCGGUCAGACCGAGAAGGAGGGUGAAAAGGCUAAGAAGUUUCGAAUUCUAAAGGCCUAUUGUGAUACGCAAAUCUCUCGUAAUGGGGCCGGAGAUGAGGCCAUCUGCUUUCCUGACCUUAUUCAAACAUGGAGCUUUGCGGACAGCAGCAAUAAUGAGUCCCUGUUGACCGUUGUCCCGUCCGUGCUGGCUAUUUUUCUCAAAACGAUUUCCACUCAACUAGAUCUUCGAGACUUCGGCUUGGCCUUGUGCAAGCAUCUGAUGCACAAAGAUCAGCUGAGACUCUUUAAUCGUGGUCUAACUGCACUUAAGACCAAGGAACAUCUGAUCUCGCCAUGUCUUCGUCUUCUUACGGAGAUUGUCAGUUUCGACGGCGGUGCGGUCGCCCGACAUGUCUACAUGGCACGGUACAUCACAUUCAAACGCCUCGAUGUCUUUUUGACACCGAAUAAGGCCCAACUAGAGGAGGCCGACGAAUCUCACAAAUCUACAUUGCGAAGAAAUGCGCAAAAAUAUGUUCUUGCAAAUCUCAGAGUUCAACACGUGAAUGCGAAGACCGAUUUAGUCGAGCAACACAAGGUGAUCAAAGCAUUUCUGGAGUUUGUUAGGAAGGAUCCACGAGAUGUUGUUCUGGAAAUCAUCAAAUCUAUCGACAGGGAUAUCAUUCAGGAUACCGCUCUUCCGCGAAGCGCAAAAACAAAGUUCUUCAGUCGAUGGGACCUCGAGCGACUUGUAACGCUGUACGGCUACGACCGCGAAUCCGAGGAGCCAAACCCGGCUGGAAUCUCCAUUGCAGAUGAGGUUCACAAAAUCCUUAUGAAUAUUUGUACAGAUCCUGCUUUGGGCGUCUUGCUACCAGAAACAGGCUGGUACCCAAAUGGAACUGACCCCGAGACCUUACCGACUGAGGACGACUCUUCCAUUGAAAUGGGAUUGGACUCCGCUGUGUACGUGGAUAAGUACAAGGGAUCAGUGCCUGUCCGCAACAGCACUCUGUCUUAUCUCAUUCAAGCACUUCGUCCGGAUAUGGACCGCCUGCAGAUCGAGUUAUUGGUUGCCAUCUUUAAGAAAGCGCCGGAACUUGUCGCCGAUUACUUCACGAAGAAGACAAUGUUCAUUUCUGAUCCAAAACCCACGUCCUCCUGGAUGGCCGAGUCAGCUCUUCUCUUUUCAAUUGUCAGCCUUCCAAUUCCGCCAAAUUGUGGUUGGAAUGACAAGCUCCCUGCUAUGCCGCCGCCUGUUUCGGUUGCCAUCGAGAACAUUCUUCCCCGUCCGCUUACCCGGAAGAUCAUGACUCGCUGCUUGAACCUCAACGCGGAGAUUGUUACACUGUUCGCUGUUCGAAUCUUGACAAUCGCAUUCAAUAAGCUACGGGCUGCUUUGAAGAUAUUCAACGCCGACCACGGAUCUAGCCAGCCAUUUUGGACGCAAGCUGCGGGAAAACUAGUUGCAGAGUUUUGUCGUCGAUGCCCGGUGGUCAAAGAUGUUGUAACCUUGUUCAGAAGAACGAGCAAAGAGGACUUGCAGCAACAGGAGGCCGUUAGUGAGCUUCUGGCUUGCUACUACGAAAUCGUCCCUGAUGCAGCUUUUGACGAGAACUUUGACGUUUCCCUUGUUCUGGUUGAUAUUUUGGAACGGUUAGAGAGUUCCAAUCUACAAGCAGAGGAUGGCGAGUCACUUCUGAGUCAACUGCAAAACGUUCUUAAAAUCGCACAGUUGUCGGCUUCCAUGCGAUGGUGGCAACAACCAGGAUCUAUGCAAUAUUCAGCCUUUACAUCAAUUCUCAAAGUGCUUAUCAAAACCUCGGACAAAGAAUCCUCUAAGGAAAUUGAGAAUCUGUUGACAACGGUUCUGAAAGAGAACUCGAUCAUCCCCAGUUCCCCAGCCUUCUCAUCUCUCCGGUCUAGCUUCGAUGCUACCGAGUCCGAAAGCAUCGGUUAUCAAUUGGCCUUUUUCGAUAAUUGCGCUUGCAGAAUUGCGAAGAAGCCAGUCCAUUACGAUGAUUUACUCGCAUCUCUGACUGAAGGCGAGAAUCAACCGACUAGCCUUAUCGUUGCUGCUAUCACCGAACAAUGGCCAUUUGUUGCCAAGAAUGGGAAUGCAGCCGCAGAACUUGCUGUAUGCACGUGGAUUGCUAGGGUGUUCGGUAAAUUGAAGCAGGCAGGAGACGACCCAAAGACUCUGAAGGCCGCUCGAGAUAGCGUUUCACAAACAAUCGUGAGCAAGCAACUUAAGUCAACGCUUAAGAAAGCCCUGAAAGACACUGAUGAGACUACCGGUAAAGAUGGCAGGUCUCAGGAUGGAGUAAGUCGCUCGGAGCCCAAUGGUCAGAAAGACAAAGCGGCGCAGGUGGAUUUGAGAGAGAUCUUUGGCACUCUGCCGACUGAAAGCAAAACUCAUAAUGAGCUCCACAAAUGGGAGAAGGAGGAGCUCGAAAUCGCGGUGGAACAGGGUCGCAUCUCUGAUUUGAUGCUGUGCUUGUGUUCGGAACAUGAGGAAAUCCGGAGACAAGCAUUUGCCAACCUGCAUCGAUUCAUGGCGAAGCUUAGGGAGUCCAAAUAUGCGGAAUGGCGAUCAGUGUACAUCCUUACUGGCGAGCUGCUCGAAACCGUGAGACUGACGGGAUUCGAAACUCCCGUACCGUGGAUAGUCGGGGAAUGUGCUACCUGCUGUCUCUCCGUGCUCACAAACCCAAUGCACAAACUUUAUGGCAAGGUCAAUAAGUUCCUCCAGAAGGCACCAUCUUGGGAGGUUGGAAAGAUCCCGUCGUAUUGGAUUGACAAGAUUUUGUUACAUGAACCUGAGUUGGACGAUGGUUACUUUGAGGAAACUAGUUGGCUACUGGAUCUGCUUAUCAAGGGCCUUCGCACUGAGAGGGAUAUGGACAUCUACCGUCGCGCAAAUGUGUUCGAGCGUGUGCUCUCCUUCUAUGACUCACCUAGUGUUGGGGUCUCUGCCAAAAGGAAGAUUUUGCAUCUCCUGUACCGGUCGACACAGGUCGGGGGCAGUACAACCUUAGUUACCAGGGCAGGCGUUGUCAGCUGGAUUCAAACCCAGCUCCCGGUAGUGAAUGCUAAAGAGGCUGCUACCUUUGCAGCCAUGGCCGACAGCUUGCGUCUAACAGCGGACCAGGACCGAGUCACGAAAUGGAGUGAAGGGGCAGUGGCUCAGGUUAUUGAACAUAUUGCUGGAUAG